CUGUCACUGGCACUCAGGGAAGCUUCAUUAGUCGUCAGAGGGAGGCAAGGCUCUGACUCAUGCCUGCGUGAAGAGACCAAUGGGCAGACAGAGCCCGAGAUAUAAAUAACGAAUAAAAGAAAUAUAUAUAUAUAUAUAUAUAAUCUUGAGGGAGAAAGGGUCACUUGUGCGCCGCUGGUUGGGAUUUUAUCAGUGCGCUCUGUUUAUUGGUAUUCCGUCGUCGCCGCCACUGGACUGUUUCUUGUCGUGCCUUUGGGUGGCGAUUGUGACAUUUAGUUAGAGUUUGUCUGGAGUCGACAACCUGUGAGUCGCUGAAUUAUUUCCCGGCUGGAGAUCAGAUAACGGAGGACUAAUGGCCACGUCUGAGCCGAGAGCCACCGGCGGGGACCAAGACCCCAACGCAGAUAAUUUAAGACCUCCGUCUGCAAACGAAUAUGCGUGGAUGCACGGAUGCACACGGAAACUGGGGAUGAAGAUAUGUGGAUUCCUGCAGAAGAACAACAGCCUGGAGGAGAGGGGGAGGCUCGCGGCCCACAAGAACCUGCUCUCCUGCGACAACAGUGACAGGGACGCGCGCUUCCGCCGCACGGAGACCGACUUCUCCAACCUGUUCGCCAGAGACCUGCUGCCAGCCAAAAAUGGAGAGGAGCCCACCAUGCAGUUCUUGCUGGAGGUGGUCGACAUCCUCACGAACUACGUCAAGAAGACCUUCGACCGCUCCACCAAGGUGCUGGACUUCCACCACCCUCACCAGCUGCUGGAGGGCAUGGAGGGCUUCAACCUGGAGCUGUCCGACCAGCCCGAGUCUCUGGAGCAGAUCCUGGUGGACUGCAGGGACACGCUCAAAUAUGGCGUCCGGACAGGUCACCCACGCUUCUUCAACCAGUUAUCUUCCGGGCUGGACAUCAUUGGUCUUGCAGGAGAGUGGCUCACUUCCACUGCUAACACCAACAUGUUCACCUACGAGAUCGCUCCAGUGUUUGUCCUGAUGGAACAGCUGACUCUGAAGAAAAUGAGAGAGAUGAUUGGCUGGCCAGGCGGAGAGGGAGACGGCCUCUUUUCCCCAGGCGGUGCCAUCUCCAACAUGUACAGUGUGAUGAUUGCACGUUACAAGUAUUUCCCUGAAGUCAAGACCAAAGGGAUGUCUGCUGCUCCCCGCCUCGUCCUUUUCACAUCUGAACAUAGCCACUACUCCAUAAAGAAAGCCGGAGCAGCUCUGGGCUUCGGCACUGAGAACGUCAUCCUGCUGAGCACAGACGAGAGGGGGAGAGUCAUUCCUGCAGAUCUAGAGGCCAAGAUCAUCGAUGCGAAACAGAAGGGUUACGUGCCAUUGUUUGUGAAUGCCACAGCUGGCUCGACCGUGUACGGUGCAUUUGACCCCAUCAAUGAGAUCGCCGACAUCUGCGAGAAGUACAACCUGUGGCUCCAUGUCGACGGUGCUUGGGGUGGUGGACUGCUGAUGUCUAGGAAGCAUCGCCACAAGCUUAACGGAGUUGAGAGGGCCAACUCUGUCACGUGGAACCCACACAAGAUGAUGGGCGUGCCUCUUCAGUGUUCAGCGAUCCUGGUCAGAGAGAAGGGGAUCAUGGGGGGCUGUAACUCCAUGUGCGCCGGCUACCUGUUCCAGCCAGACAAACAAUACGACGUCACGUAUGACACAGGAGACAAGGCAAUCCAGUGUGGCCGACACGUCGACAUCUUUAAGUUCUGGCUCAUGUGGAAAGCUAAGGGCACCAUCGGGUUUGAGCAGCACAUUGACAAGUGUUUGGACCUGUCUCAGUACCUGUACAACAAGAUCAAGAACAGGGAGGGAUAUGAGAUGGUGUUUGAUGGAGUGCCCCAGCACACCAACGUAUGCUUCUGGUACAUUCCACCCAGCCUGAGAGGAAUGCCACACAGUGAAGAGAGGCGAGAAAAACUCCACAGGGUGGCACCGAAGAUCAAGGCCAUGAUGAUGGAGUCAGGGACCACCAUGGUGGGUUACCAGCCUCAGGGCAAUAAAGUCAACUUCUUCCGUAUGGUCGUCUCCAAUCCUGCGGCCACCCAGUCUGACAUCGACUUCCUCAUUGAUGAGAUCGAGCGGCUGGGUCAGGACCUGUAGACCUCACUGCCACAGCUGAUAGGGAAGGCGAACCGAUAGUCUUUUCGCUGUUGUAUUUCAAAGGAAAAUGCCAGUGGGAUGAAACAUUCACAGUGCAACAGACGCAGCAGAACGAUAGGACAUGUUUUAGGUUCUUUCUUUCCAGAUUGUCUGAAGCAUUCUAAAUGUUUCCACGACAGAAGAGAAACACUGAACCCCCGAGUUUCUUAUUAGCUCUCUUUAGACAUAAUAUAUAAAGAGCAUCUUAAGUCUCUAAAGUACAGCAGACAUGCUCUAAUGUAUGACUGUGCUUUGGAAACUUGUCAUGUGUGUGAUCUAGUUUCUUGUACAAUGUGCUUUGUCUUUUAAUGUCUGUAUGUGUGUGUCCGAGUGUGUGAAACACAAAAAGGGAAAAAAGCACAGAAAUCUAAAUAUUCCAAGGAUCAUCAAGUUAAUCUGCUGUAUCAUACAUUUGCUACACUCAAUUGAAUCAGUGGUGCUUUCGGCUGUACAUAUAUUUAAUCUUAGUGCACCGGCCCUUUUGUCCUAAGCCAGUGUCCAGUCCCUCGAAGCAGCGUGUGAGCAGAUGUGCAUGUAGCACACCGGGUGUUUCCAGUCAUGUGUUUUAGGCUAUCACUGUGUUAAAAAUAAGCUAAAGUGUACGGCAUAGGUGCAAAGUGUGUUAAUCUGUGAGGAUUUAGUGACCUCCAGAGCUACUGAGUUGUAGUCUGCAAUAGUCUCCCUCAUAGAAGUUUAAGAUUAAGAUUUAAUACGUCUUCAGACAUCCCCAGUCUGUGGCAACCUUUAACUUGUAAAACGCUGGCUCGUUGUCUGUUCCAUGCAAUCAUGUGCCAAUAUGUGUUUUUAACAUUAAAAGAUGAAUAUUUGAUUAUAUAGAAAUAACUCUUUAUUGCAUUUCCACUGUUUGCAGAUUCAGGUAUUUUAUUGUAAAUGUAUCUUUAUGUGUAUUACAUGGUAAUACAUUUGUAAAUGUAAUCACGGAAACUGAGUAAAGUGUAUUUAUAGUGAUUUUGUCAGCCAAAGAAAGAGAAUCGGGAACAGAGCAAUCCAUUGUCCUUUGCGUAUAACUUCUUAUAGAUUAUAGGUGUUUGUAAAAUGUUACCUAUGGACUGAUGCAAUUUCUAUAGCGUGUUUCUUUUUGUGUUGUGAGUCUUUUGAACUGAAUGUUUUGAGAUGACUGAUUGGCCUUCUGAUGAGAUUGAGACGGAAGUCUAUGUGAUCCUCUGGUUUAUGCCGGACUUUUAUUUUAGCGAGAAGCACAAGGAUGUGAGAAUGUACUCUCCUCUUGAGAAUAGGAAGAAAGCAUUGUUGUACCUGUCUGAAUCCUAAUGCAUAACUGUAAUAUAGUAUAUUAAUUGUAAUACAUAUUACUUGUAUCCUCAGUGUCGCAGGAGCUCAAUGGAAUAUCUUAUAUAAAAGUUCCUGCUUGUGUCUUUGCACAAUGUUCACCUUUCUUUCUUCCAUUUGUAAAUGUAUGUAUAUUAUAUAAGACUUAUGUUAACAAAGUAUUUAAGGUAAUUAGGGACCAUAUUUAAAUGGCACUGUUGCAUAAAUCAUAUUUAAAGUAAUCUGUGUACUGUAUGUGGCCAAUGACUCUUGUGCGCGUCCCUUGGCUGGUUUUUGAUGAAAUCAGCUGUAAGGGAACGUUUCCCAGGAGAUUUUCAGUAGGCACUUUAACAGAAUCAAAACAUGUUUAAAAAGAUCUUUAAUAAAGGCUAUUAAAGGGAAAA